GAGUGGCCCGCAUUCAGUCUUCGAUAAACGGUCGAAGCGUAUGGACGUUUUUCCUCAAUCAGUUUCACAGUUCAUAAUCGUUUAGUUAGAGUUAAAAUAUUAGCAGCAAUAGUCAACAUUUUUUUAACACAAAAAAUUUUAUUUUAACCAACUAACAGUUCGCUGAAGAUCUUAACUAAUUCGAGCAAGAUCCACCUUAAACCGUAUCUGAGAGACUGUGUGUCACCGACACUACAAGAGAGCAGCGCACUCCACUGGAGAAGAGUGACAAAAUAAUUGAGGAGCGAAUUAAACGUCGGCAAAACUGCAAGCAGCUUGCGAAUUCGCCGGUUCCCAAAACGGUGGAAUUGAAGAGCAGAGUAAAUCCUAUACGUGCCUACGUCCAUUGUGUUGAUGGAAGUCGUCGUAGCUAAUGGAGGGCAGCGACAUGUGUGAUAAAAAUGAUAAAAAAGUGUAGCUUGAAGCGGCAAUUGGUGUAACAAAAAGUAGUAACUUUCCGUGUUUUUUUUUGCGUAGUGUCUUAGCAUGUUUGGGCAAAAGUUCCUAUCGUUCUGUUGUUUUGUGAAAUACGAUGCUCAAGUUUAACCACAACGGUGUGGGAGCAUAACGGGAGCUGUAGUGGCGAUGGACAGUUUUCUUUUGUUGUAUGUCCAAAAGUGGUUUUGUGGUAACUAGUCAACUCUCGAACAAUAGCCGAUUUUUCGGACAAUUUGUUGGAUUAAUAUUCGCUGAAAAGUAAAGCCUCAAGUGCGCUUCUCCAAGGAAAAGAACUGCCGUCGGGACUUUUUAUAUUCGUCGUGAUUUGUGUUCGGUAAAAGUGUAAUCAUUUCGGUUAAAUCCUUCUGGGACACAAGAGAAGAACUGAUCGUGCAUUUUACCUUCGCAUUUGAGAAAAAUAUUAGAAAGUUAACGGCACCAGCAGAUUACGUUUUAACCAGUUCCAGUUCCUGGUGUAUUCGGUGCGCUCAAACUUUGGGGUUCGAGUGAAAAUUUCACCCGUCCACCCGUCCGAUACCGGUUCGUGAAUGCCAGCCCUCGCCGAGAUGCUGGUAUCGCAAAGUCCGCCGAUCUACAGUCACUCGCUAGCCGACUACAUCGCGAGCCAAACCGACAGCGGGUCACCAUUCAGUCGAUACGGUUCCGCCGUCAUCCCCCAAACCCGUAGCUACUGCCGACCAGCAUCACUGCAGCUCACGCCACCGCCUUUGCGCCGUCAGCCGACACCAUUCAGUCCACUAAGUACCAAAAUGCCGGCCUCACCCAAACGAUCCUGUCUGGUAGUCCGGGUGGAAGACCUCACACCGGAGGAGGAACGCACCAUCGACCUGCACAGCCCAACCGACAUCCACGAUAAAAUUCGAAACAAGAAAAAGGUUGUCUUUGCCGAUGACCAGGGCGGUCAGUUGACACAGGUACGCGUGAUGAAGGAACCUUCCUACAUGCCUCCGGUGUGGAGUCUGCAAUUUCUGGCCCACGUAACCCAGGGCAUGAUCAGCCCGGUCCCACAGGAACAGUGGGUCGUGGAUUUCCGACAGCCAGCCAGUGCCUAUCUGGAGUUCCGUCAAAAAGUUGAGGAUCACAAUGUCUCGCUGGAAAACGUGAUCAUCAAAGAGACGGAGCAUCUGAUUGUCGGCACGGUGAAGGUGAAAAACGUUAGCUACAACAAAGAAGUUGUCGUCAGAUCGUCCUGCGAUGGGUGGAAAACGCAUGAGGACACCUACUGCACAUAUACCGUGGUUGGAACCGGCAUUGCAUCAGCCUACAUGGUACACGAUACGUUCUCCUUCAAAAUCACUCUUCCUCCUAAGUCCAGGCGGAUUGAGUUCUGUGUCUGCUACCGAUGCGACAUCGGCGAGUUCUGGGACAAUAACAAUGGUCACAACUACUCUCUGACCAACCGGGUAAUGCCACGCCAGGAGUCCAGCAUCUUCUUCCCGACGCACAAUGCCUUCAGGGAUCGAGUGAACAAUGGCGGCAACAUCAACAGUACCUCUCACACCAGCAGUACAAACAACAGCACUAACGGUUUCAGUUCCAACACCACUAGCAUAGACUCGACCACGUCGUACGUGGAUCCGACGGUCGAACUGGACACGUGGCGCCAUAUGACCGCAGAGAACCAUAGUGGACCCUAUUGUUUACCUGGUAUCCUGAAGAAGACCCAGCAAUCGGAACUAGCUCCAGCUCAAACUAUCACAGCAAAACAGCAACCUUCGGAUAACCCAAUCGGAAACCUUACGGAGACACCGAAGCCGGAGGUCACUCCUCCGCAGAGCGACUCGGUGGACGGUUCGUUCGAUCCGGACCUAUCGCCUUUGCCCCGCACCACUGGCGGCACCCCGUCAAAGGUUCCGAUCGUAUCGCCGAAACGUGCUAACACCAACCUAACACUGAACGCUAUCAACGGAAGCAUGCGUCGUCACAGUACUAUUCAUCUGAGCUCCUGUGGGGACGAGUUUACCCGUUCCCUGCAGAAGCCGGUGCGAAGCUGCAGCACUCCGCGGGACACCGGUCGACAAUACUUUAUCCGGGAACGUUCCGACGGUGACGAUUUGCUGUCGAAUUUGCUUAGCCUGCGAGAAAUGCUGCUCGGUCAGAAUGUGCAUGGUUGAAGAUGGACCUUUGGACAGAUUUUUUUUUCUCUAACUCUCAUUAAUUGUGAAUACUGAAAAUUAUACACUUACACAUACAAACACGCACGCACACUUUCGUGGGAAGCAAGCCGUAAUAUACAGUUUGUUCGUACUAUUCUCUGUGUCCGAUGAGGGUUGAAGAAUGUUUGUUUUUCGAUACUUUUUUAAAGCAGUUUUAGAACCAUACCUAUUUAACGCUUUGUGUUGAAGUACAUUAGCCUAACCUAUUUAUGUCAGGUAAAAGAGCGACGAAGGAACGCCUACUCUGCUACAGUAGUGAGCAAACGGGAGACGGAAGAUGUUAGGGAAUUUCGAUUGAAAAGUACGAUUGUAUUGUCAAUGAAGCAUGGCCUACUAGUAGUCAGUCAGCAGCAAGCGGGUCCUAGCCAGGAGCACCGGUUGUACUAUUUAUUAUUUAUUGUUCGUUUUAACCACAGAUUUUUUUAUCUCGGUCAGCACCGUGUGAUAGACUCGUGCCGCGCGCACUAGUAUGCCAUGACAGGAAAGAAAACGGAGUUAACCUUCCAAUGAAUAGUCAGAAAAAGGGUUUUUUUAAAUGGAAAAGAAUGAAACUAGUAAGAUUUAAAGCAAACAUACAGGAAACAAUUGUAUAUGAAAAAUUAGGUCACACACAAAUACACGCACACCUGUACUGCACAGCGAACAAUAAAAACAAAUCACAAACCCUAGUAACGAAUGAAAAAUGAUAGAAACCAAAAGACUGAUUGUGUCCACAAAUUAAAUUAAUUUGCAUGCGAAGGCGAGCGAGAGAGACUACGAUUUCAGUAGCAGAAAACAAAAGUCAGACGGAAUGGAUCAGGAAACUAAUAAACGGACGUUUAGAACAACAUCAGGAAGUCUCCCUUAUUAUUUGUAUAUUCAUAAGAAAUUAACAAACAAAAAACUACUAGCACUAAACUGUCUAAAUGGAUGUAAGCAAUCAUUUAGCUCUGUAAAAGUACCUUUUAUUUGUUGUUAGUUAUCACACAUAAGUUUGCUCAGCGAAGGUUUAUAUGCUAAUAAAAACUUCAAAGAGAAAGUAUAAAUUGACUGAUAAAAUACCACUGAGAUUGGCAGACAAUUUGUAAAACGCAUGUCGAAAAUGGUGAUCGAAUCGUGAUCGUGAUAUACUACAUUAGAAUAGCCAGACGUCGAACAGCAGAGCCAUCUAAUAAACGGAUCAAUAUGAAACCCCUCUGUGGCGUCUUCGUUUUGCAUCGAUCAGGGUAAUCAAAUGGAUCUUUAUUCCAGACACCGCCACGCAAUUGUUAAGUUUUCAGGUACCUCGAGUGCAAUGCGUUUAGCUGAAUUGUCGUGGGUUCGGUUAUUGUUGUACAUAGUAGAAUUAAGAAAUCACAUCACUUGAAUAGUUAAUAAUGUGUAAUAAUCAAUGAUCUGCCGGCGAUCUUUUGGAAACGCAAUAAUUGAAGAGAAAAAAAUCCGUUCUCACUCUGCUGUGCACUAGACGGACCUACCGCAAAGCGUUUGGCGGAGUGAACGACCUGUUUUUUACAGUUAGGAGUAAUGUUAACAUGUGUUUAUUAUUAUUUAGUGGUUAGUUGACUUAGCUUUUAUUACAAAAAUAAAACAGAGAACAAAAAUAAAUUUGCUAUUUCAUA